GUAUUUUGGUUUCCACAGCAAGAAAAAUUCCUCUUGCUUUUAAAUUAAAAUGGAAAAAUAUGAGAACCUAGGCCUGGUGGGAGAAGGCAGCUACGGAGUGGUGAUGAAGUGUAGAGAUAAAGACAGCGGAAGGAUGGUGGCCAUAAAGAAGUUCUUAGAAAGUGACGAUGACAAAAUGGUUAAGAAAAUUGCCAUGCGUGAGAUCAAGCUACUGAAGCAACUGAGGCAUGAGAAUUUGGUAAACCUAUUGGAAGUGUGUAAGAAGAAAAAAAGAUGGUACCUGGUCUUUGAGUUUGUUGACCACACAAUUCUUGAUGACUUGGAACUCUUUCCAAAUGGACUGGACUACCAAGUGGUGCAGAAGUAUUUAUUUCAGAUUAUUAAUGGAAUUGGCUUUUGCCACAGUCACAAUAUCAUACACAGGGACGUGAAGCCAGAGAACAUUUUGGUGUCCCAGGCUGGCGUGGUGAAGCUGUGUGACUUCGGGUUUGCACGCACGCUGGCGGCUCCCGGGGAGGCGUACACGGACUACGUGGCCACCCGCUGGUACAGGGCGCCGGAGCUGCUGGUCGGUGAUGUCAAGUACGGCAAGGCCGUUGAUGUCUGGGCCAUUGGUUGUCUGGUAACAGAGAUGCUCACCGGGGAGCCCCUGUUUCCGGGAGACUCCGACAUUGACCAGCUCUACCACAUUAUGACAUGUUUAGGUAAUUUAAUACCAAGACAUCAAGAGCUGUUUUAUAAAAAUCCUGCAUUUGCUGGAGUACGAUUGCCUGAAAUCCAAGAAACAGAACCUCUUGAAAGACGCUACCCUAAGCUCUCUGAAGUUGUGACAGAUUUAGCAAAGAAAUGCUUACACAUUGACCCCGACAAAAGGCCGCUGUGUGCUGAACUCCUUAACCACGCUUUCUUCCAGAUGGAUGGGUUUGCUGAGAGGUUCUCCCAAGAACUACAGUUAAAAAUACAGAAAGAUGCCAGGAAUAUUUCUUUGCCUAAAAAAUCCCAAAACAGAAAGAAGGAAAAGGAAAAAGAUGAAUCCUUAGGUGAAGAAAGAAAAACACUUGUGGUACAGGACACCAACACUGACACCAAAACUAAGGAUUCCAAAGCAUUUAAAACAAAAGGGGCAAAAGCUGAUGGAGAGAAGACUGAAAAGGGCGCAAGAGCGUCCAAUGCCAGCCAUCUCCGGAGCAGCGGGACAGGCCACCUGCAGGCAGCGCCCUCGGGCCGCCUUGGGGACCGCGGCAGCCAGGCCACCAGGGUCCCCAGCGUGGCCAUCCCCCCGCUGGCGCACACUCCGUCCGCAGCGGCUGCUGGCGGCAACCCCGGAGCCCAGAGUUACAGAGUGGAUGAGAAAACCAAGAAGUAUUGCAUUCCAUUUGUUAAGCCAAGUAAGCAGUCUCCAUCAGGAGUUCAUAAUAUCACUGUACCCACACCGGUCUCCAGUGAAAAGAACCUCCUGCAGGCAAGUAAGAAGCGAAAGGAGUACUCCAGAACGGAGGUGCGAUUGCCCGAGCUGAGCUACAGUCAUCUCCCGGAACUGAGGGCCUUGGAGGGCCUGGCUCGAAAUUCUAGACCUACAAAGAAAGAGAACAAAACUCUUUGUGAAUCUCGAAUCCCGUCUCUGGCUGCCAUUGACCUGCACGCCUCCAGCGUGGCACUGCACCAGGUGCUGGGGUCACCCCUCUCAGAGGACACCGCUGCCGAUUUGCCCCGGGUGGAGCACCAGCACUGAGGACGCGGUGCUGCAUCUGAGAUGACAUCCUUCCGGGACAGGAGUGCUGAUAUCCUCGGUGGAGAGAUGCGUGGUUUUGCUUCCUUCUGAACUGCCUGCUUUUUCUGGGAAAGGGUUUGCAGAGGAGGGGAAGAUGAAGGCUUGCGGAGGUUUCGCAAGAGACUGAACAAGUGCCCCCCUCCCCUUUCCAGUCUGUUGCUACUGUCAAGAUGUAUCUACUGAAGAGUGGCAAUAUGGGUCUUGUUAUACGAAUGUGUAUUUGCUGUUAAUAGAUUGUAUAUUUAAAGAUAGCCAAGAUUAAAAGUGAGUAAAAAGGAAAGAGAAAUAUUAUAAAAGGUCAUAUUAUUCAUGCAUUGAACUUGGUGUGCUAUUUGUAUAAAUGCUUCCUGUUAAAGAAGAUGAAAAAGCGAGGAUGUGGAAGAGAAAAUGUUUCCCUUGUCCUAACUAUGAAAACACACUUAAAACUCAUUUGCAGGCCCUGAGGCACUGCGUAACUGCUCUCUGGGAGGUGUGGGUCUGCGGUCCUGAUGACUGGUGAUGUUCAGUCACGGCCCUCAUCUGAUCUUCGGAGAACCCUGAGGAGAAGCUGUGACUGCUGACAGCACAGCUCCUGCCUCACUGUCCCCUGUGUAAGGAGAGUCUGGUGCCAAGGUUCCCUGUGAAGGAGCUUGGUUGGAGCAGGGGUGUAGAAGUGUUCAAAGAGUGCCUUGGAGCUGCAUGUGGGGCUGCUCAUUAGGAAAAGCGUACGUACCAAACUGGCUAGGGAGGCGGUGCCCCUAAUCAAGCAGCCACGCUGGGCAGCUCCUGGUGGAAGAGGCUUCUGGAGGGAACCUCUGUUAUCCUGGACUCCACUCUGUCCGUGGUAGCUUGAGGGUAACAGGAGAAGCCGGAGAAGUUCCAGUCUCCUCAUUACCUCAGACACCUAGGCCUUCCCCAGAGCUGCUCACCAAAGUGCAAAGUCAUCUACCCACAUUCCUCACACAGCUUCUGGUGCAUAGGUCUGCGGCUUUGUAGGGCGUGGUUAGGCUGGUUUGGGCCUCAGGUUCCUGUUUUCCUGGCUUUCCAGCCGUGGUCUGCAUUUAUCAUGUUAGAGGAUAAUUGUGACGGAGACCAGAAUUUAUACAAGGUUUUAGCCUUAUCCAAUUAGUGUAGUGUGGUGUUUUUCCAAAAGUCCUUCGGUAGACUUUAGCCCAAGAAUUUAACCAGAACUUUUCUUUAUUGUCCUGAGGAGCUUGGUAUUGAAAUUCUGACAUUAGAUACUGGGCCUCAAAAGAAGAGGACAUUUCAGAGGAGGCAAAAUACAGGGUUCUGAUGUACAAGUCUAUAGAAGGUGAUUUCUGUUAAGUUUGGUUUUGGUUUCGAAGCUCUGUCUUUAACCUCUUACGAGGUGUAUGACUAGUUUACCACAGGCAGCAUGCUGGGGGACGGGAGACUAGUAUAUUGGCCUUAAUAAGCUUCACACUAAAAUAUCAUUUUAUUUUCACUUUGGAAAGUAUUGCCAACUGACUCUGUGGUGUGGAAAGCGACGCCAUGUAAAACCAAGCAGUACCCCCAGCUUAUUUCAGUGAUGUUUUUAGGUGAAAAUCAGGGAGAAGAUAGUAGCUCGAUGUCUGAAAGUCUAGGAUCAGUUGCCUUCUAAUUCCUACUGGGAGGCUGGGGAUGUAGCUCAGCAGCACAGCGCCUGCCUGGCAAGCAUAAGGUCCUGAGUUUGACUCCUGGUACAAAAAAAUCAUACUAGGCUUUUAGUAUCUUUGGCAAUUUAAGCAUCUUGUGCACUUUAGAAUGAAGGGAACAUGAAUCACCCCUUAAAUCUGCCUUGGCACUUGAGAUCAUGUGUGGUUAGACCCUUGGCUGAGUGGAUAGGGAAAGAUUUUGCAAAUUGGAGUAGUAAACACUGAACUAAAAUAAUUGUUUUUUCAAAAAGAAGUUUAUGCUUAUUUAGUCUCUUUACACUGGUGGGAUUUACUCACCUACUGAUGUGAAACGUGUAUCUGUACUAGUGGGGGUCUCAGUGGGCUUGCUGUGUGUAUGAAUGUUUGGAAAUUAAUAAAUAUCUUAGUUCCAUGGAUGAGUUUAAUUUAGAUUUAUGAAAAGACUAUAAAUAGCAUAUACACCACUGUAUGGUAUCUAAUAAAUAAGUUUGAAAUAA